UAGUUGUUGUUAAAGUUUGGCCAACGUCAGCUUUUCAAAACAAAAUUGAUUAGAACUGGCAAUGAUGAAACCAGCUCUCCAAUGAGCAUGCACUAAUCACAAAAAGUUAGGGAUAUUCAGCUUAUCUGUAAAAUUUCAGGAUGAACCUAAAUUGCGCUAAAACCUUAACAGGCAAACUUAAUUUGUAGAACUUUUGAAUGCACAAGUCCAGCUGUCCAGUGUUUCAAUACUUUUUACACAACUUGCUGUUGUCUGUCCACCAUCUCAUGAACUAUCUAACAAGGAGCUGUACGGCAACAUUCACAACUGUUUGAAGGAUCACCUGCAGAAUGUCAUCAGCAAGUUGCGACAGAGAGGCUAGAAGAGUGUACAUCCUUUUUAAAUGUUUUGAUUUUUUUUUUUUUAAAUCAAACACCUGUUGUGAAUUUUGCCAUUCAGCUACUUGUUAGAGAGUUCAUGAGUUGCUGGACAAUCAAAUUGACAUUCAAGUCCAACCAAAAAAACAAACCUUAACCCUAAUUUCAGAUUUGAAUCACAACAAAUAACUUACUACUUACUUUUUUUCUGACGAGCUGCAACUGCUGCCACGCCGCAUUUCCUUUAAAAAAACAACAAAAUAUUUCUUAACUAUUAGCCUUUAAGGCCGACAUCAUUUGGACUUACUAUGCCAAGUUUCUGCGCAUGUACCCAGCUGUAGCUAAUAGCCUACCACUGAGAUGCCCGCGGAAGGAGGCAUCCAAUAGACUAGCACAAGGAGCUGCACAGAUGUUCACAACAACUGAAGCCGAAAAGGAGCCGUUGCUGAGGUGGUCGGCGACCGCGGCAGAAUCAAUGGGAGAAAGUUGAUCCAACACAGCGUUGCCAGAUGACGAGAGCCAGCCGGCUAGAUAGAAAGGAGGCAGCUGUUUUAAGGCAGCAAGGAUUUAUGGCACCGACAGGGGCAAAACCAACCAGGGGUUCUACCUUUUGCCACAGUAUGGCGAAUGAUCCUAGUUCAGGAAAAGAAUUACUCGUCCCUCUUACAAGUUCUAUGUAUGUGCCUGGAACAUUAAAUGAUGUGGAGCAUGUUUUAGUGGAUGUCGGGACAGGAUAUUAUGUUGAAAAGAAUGUAGCGGAUUCAAAGGCCUUCUUCAAACGUAAACUAGAUUUCCUGACAAAGCAGAUAGAGAAAAUUCAGCCUGCGCUUCAGGAAAAACAUGCCAUGAAACAAGCUGUGAUUGAAGUCAUGAACGUGAAGAUCCAGCAGCUACAACAGAGUAAACAGGCUUCCAGCACCAAGGCAUAAUCAUGACAACACUUAAAUUAGUGCUUUACUAUGUGUGUGAAAGAACUGUUAAAAUGUCCUGCACUAACAUAAAUGAAAUCUUGUUGCACAAUUUGGGAAUAAAGAAGCAGUGAACCUAA